AUGAACUUCAAGAAGGCUUCUCACAUGGCUACAUAUAACUAUCACACCCAGGAGAAGCAAUGGGAGGAGGCAGAGAAAGUAGUGGUGGCAAGAGCCUUGGAAGAAGCACUUAAUUGCAGAAAGUGCCCCCUCAGCAUCACAGAAGCCACAAUGAAAGCAGACAUUGAUCAAGGCAACUACAUCACAAGCAGCUACCCACCAUUCUUCCCGAACGCCAACAAGCGGGAUGAAAACAUCUCCCCACUCGACACAAAUACUCCAAACAACAACCUCUCCCACUGGAAAGUCAUUAAUGAGGCUCAGCGUCAACAAUACUACAAGAUUGUAGAGCACAGUCUUGACGCUCGACUCCACGAGGAUGCAUCCACAGACCCUGAUAUGGCCAUUCUCUUCGCACACUAUCAGGUAGACUACCACAUCCGACAACACUAUCUUGCUUACAGAGGCGUGUUAACGCUCUGUCGUGAUGCAAGUGACAUGCAGACGCUACGCAAAUGGCAGUGGCGUAUGGACACGAUCGACACGAUCAUCGCAUCGGAUGGUAGCCAUCCGGUCCAGCCAAAGGUACAUCGACCUACUGGCUGGCCGAAGGAUGGAAACCUGGAGAUGCUGCACCAGACGCACUUAUGGAAGAAGUCGUGGAAGGUUCGACAGAAGCGGGUGGAGGAGGUUCGGGCUCGAUGGGCGGUUAUCAUGGAGGAAAGGCGCCGGCAAAGGGAGCGACUAUUGGCGAAGCAGGCUUCAACACUUACGGUCCGUUUGUAUUUUGGUGGGGAGUUGUGUGGAUUGAGGGAGUUGGAGCGGAAGGUAUAUCCCGCAGCAGGUAUGCGGAUGGGGAGAACUACACAGAGCUCUGGAUUUUGA